CUACAACGACGACAAAAAAAAUCCGACUACCACUAGUCAAGAUAUUUAUUUAUGUGUUCAUUUUAACAUUCUCCACAUCAGUUAAGGGCUCUUUUCGAGGUUCCCACCCCUCUGACCUGACACGGCCUAUGUGUUCUUUGACCGGCAGAUGGCAGUAAAAUACCACAGACGUCAGCGGUGCCGUGCAUGGAAAAAGCCGCCUGUUGGUGCUGUACCGGGGCAUGAGAGAAACAUGGGGCCGCCUCCUCCUCCUCCUCACUGACAUUGGCCAGUCCCUGAAAAAAAAAAAAUCACCGAGCGGCAAAAGGGCUGGGGAUGCACAACCACACAGAAGAGCCACCGCUUUAAGGAGGAAAUCCACCAGGAAUGUGGAAGGUGUCGGGCAUGGAGCGCGUCCUUCUGUGCAGCGGCAGCCGUGUGUGUGCUCGUGUGUGGUCAGCGAGGCUGUAAAUAAGCCGGAGGGUUUGAUUUCCACUUUUGUUUUUGGGCCGUUUGAACGGCUUGGACACUAACAUCUGCAGUGAUGCGGGCUGUAGACCGGAGCAACGCCGCUGCCCUUCUACUCUGCCUCUUAGGAAACCUCGUCCCCAAAGCGGUCACCAAAACAUUAGGUGGAGACACGGCCACACAAGACGUGACUCUCAAGGUCUACCUGAGCGAUGCCAGCACUCACCAGCCCAUGGGAGGGGCCUCCAUCCAGCUGUUUGCCAACCACACGCCUGUAACCGCGGAAACCUCAUCGGCCGACGGGAACGCCUACCUGCGCUUCCACUAUCGUCUUGGGACGCCGCUGGUCGUCACUGCAACCAAACAGGGCUAUGUGCCAAACUCUGUGCCCUGGACUCCCACCAGAUUACCAGUGUUCUCCUCCAUCAGCCUGGACCUGCUGCCGGAGCGAGUGGCCACUCUGAUGGUGUAUGAAGACGUGGUGGAAAUAGUGUCAGACCUGCAAGGUUCCAGACAUAAGCCCAGCGUUCACUUCGAGCGCAGAGCUCUGAGUCUCCCCUCCGACACUUCCUACGCCAACCUGACUGCUCUGCUCACCGUGGCCUGCUCCUCUUCCUCACACCUCCAGCACUUCCCUCACCUGCAGGUCCAAGUAGACAACAGCACAGGCACAGAGAAGAAGUAUGAGCUGACUCCUGUCGCGGCCAUCUCCGUUCAUCUGCUGACCGGCGACGGCACAGAGCUGCAGGUGAACGAGCCAAUCACGGUGUCCGUCCCCCUGCCAGCUGAGAGUGGCCUGAAGGAAAACGAUCACAUCCCUGCUUGGAGAUUUGACCCACGUUUAGGCGCAUGGAUAAAAAGCAGUUGGGGUCAUGUACAGCGUCAGGGUAACCAGCUCAGUCUGACCUACAUUGCUCCUCAGCUGGGAUACUGGGUGGCUGCCAUGUCUCCACUACAAACAGAUCCGGUGGUCGCCAAGGAUAUCAGUACGUACCACACCGUGUUCCUGUUGGCCAUACUGGGGGGGAUGGCCCUCAUCCUGCUGUGCCUGCUCUGCCUGCUGCUGUAUUACUGCAGGCGUCGCUGUUUGAAGCCUCGAGGUUCUCACCGCAAGUUGACUCUGUCCACUGGUCUGGACAGCAGUAAGAGAGACCAGGCCACAUCCAUGUCCCACCUGAACCUCAUCAGCAAUGAGCUGGAACUGGUUUCCACUGUGACUGAACCCGACAUGAUGACGCCCAUGCUGAAGCCGUGCUCGUACGAGCACCAAGAAAACCCCAGGCAGCACAGUCUGAUCCAUCAGAGCAAACGCAGCCGCUCCUCCCUUGGAAACACCAGCUCCUCGUUUGGCAACCUGACUCCCCGCAGCAGAGACUACAGACAGUCUGCAGAGACGUUCCAGUUAAAGUCUGCGCUUCCGUCGGGAGCAGACCAGUGCUACCGUCAGUCGUACACUUCAGUCUGCUCAUCCAGUCACCAGAUCUCAGACGCACUGUACUCAGCCAAUCACUGCCAGACAAUCGCUAACCAGAUGAGCAGCAUUGGGAAUGUAAAUUGCAUCUCACCGUCCUCUCCUCCACACUCCCCCUGUAAAGGAGAGGGGGGUGAGUGCAGGGCUCCAGACUACCUUCUGUCCCGCUCCGUAGACCACCUGGAGCGUCCAAGUCCCCCGUGCCUCUCCCGACCAGGCCAGCUGCUCUGCUGUGGCUCCGUGGACCUCCUGAGCGGGGGGGAGGGCUACCCCAGGGUGCGUCCUACGUUGGUGAUCCCAGCACACUACAUGCGCCUGCCAGGGGAGCACCCUCUCUCUGGUCAGGCCCUUCUGCUGCAGACUGACCAACAAAGUGACCUGGAGACCAUCCAGGCCGAGCUGAAUGCCUCACAUUCCCAGCAACCCGCGGGGCAAACAGCCACAGGCUGCUCCACAGGUCCCACCAAGCAGGGUGAUGGAGACGGGCUCGGUCUGUCGGAGUCCUUGUCUAUUCCAGCAGCUCUUGGGGAAACGGCUCUGGUGGAAAUAAACAGCGAGGACACCCUAUUGGCUGAAAAGACUUUAAUGGCGCUUCGAGGAGGGAAACCUCUGCCUCACCCCCGCGCCUGGUUUGUGUCACUGGACGGCCGCUCUAACGCUCACAUACGUCACUCCUACAUUGACCUACAGCGAGCAGGAUGCCCCACCAACGCGCCAAGCGCCGGAGGUCAGCAGGGCACCGGCGGUGGCGGGAGACACGGCAACAGCAACGAUGCCAGUCUGGACUCUGGUGUGGACCUGAACGAGCCGAGGGUGGGACGCAGGGCGAGGGACGCAGAGCAGGAGGACAGAGAGUCAGAGAAGGACAGGUCAAAGCUAACAACUCUGGGCGCCGCCGCCUACACUCAGCUGGUGUACGUGGACGAUCUGGAUCAGGGAGGAAGCAAAGAGGAGACGCCCGCGUGCGUCUCUCCGGACAGUAAAACAGGACCUGUCCUCUCAGACCAGGCAGAGAGUCCGCGAGAGGACCAGGGCGAGGUGGACGUGAAGGAAAAGGGAGUAGAAGGAGUACAGAUACUGGAGCAGCCUCCGUCGGUGUCCCCGUCCUCCCCGUCCUCUCCGGCUUCUCCUCCCCCUCUGCCACCAGAGGGCGUGACGUUCAGGACUGAGGAUGUGUUGCUGUCAGUGUCUCCAGACGAUGAUGCGGCACCAGAAGACGGCGAGGAGGAGAAGAAGAGUCCAUGGCAGAGGAGGGAGGAGCGACCUCUGCUAGCCUUCAACAUGAAGUGAUUCAGUAACGACCGCUGAAGGAUUGGUUCACAUUAGUCUCAGACCAAACGUCCAUAUUGAAAGUGUUACUGGAAUUCCCCACAAAGUCCCCACAAAGCAGCAGUGGAUGUGAUGGGGAAACACCGCCGUCUCUGCUGAUUUGAAGUUCUGUUGCGUUAAAUUUUCCAGGAGGGGUUGGGGGGGGGGAGUGAUUCAAAUUAUAGGAAGCCGUGGGGUUCAUGUUAGUGGCAUAAAAGCAAAGGCAAUCAAGAGAAUAUUUUCAGAGAAGAGAAACACAACUAUAAA